CCAGCACCGUCCCGCCGCCGGCUAGCACCGAGGCCGUCUGCACUGAGAACUGCGGCGGCGCCAGCUCGGAGGCGAGCGCCAUCGCCACCAUAUACGACGCCUGCCUGCUCAGCAAGGGCUGCUUCACGCGCGCCGACAGCUGCAUCGAGGGCCGCAACUGCGACCUGAUGGUGACGUACGCGCGCCGGCCGGACGGCGCCUACCGGCUGCAGCUGUACGGCAAGCACCAGCCGGCCGAGUACCUGGCCAUGGGACUCUCUAGGGACGCGGCCAUGGGGGACGAUGCAGUUAUCUACUGCACGGACCGCCCGGGCGGCGGGUACCAGAUCAAGCACGCCCACAACAAGGGAAAACAGUCAAAUCAGCAGAACGCCACGUCCGCGGGCGGUGAGCUGGUGACCGACUUCUCCCAGCGAAUACCGCGACGGCUUCCUGCUGUGCGAGUUCACGCACGCGGCGCGCUUCUCGGUGGGCGACGAGACGGCAGACCUGGCCUCGUCCGACCUGCACCUGAUGGUGUCGAGCGGCGCAGUGGAUGCCGACGGCGGGCCUCGCUACCACCAGACGUCGCGGCGCGUGAGCGGGUCAGCCGGUGGAGCUGGCCUCGGCCCGGCAGGCGACCGGCGACAGUGGCCUGCUGUUCCGCGUGCACGGUGCGCUCAUGCUGA